UGAUGAUACAAUCAAAAAUUUACCUUAUUUUUAAAGAAAAGACUCAAAUAAAUCCUGCCAUCUGGUUGUCACAACCUCAAAUUCAACAAAAAUAAUUUUUUAUUUACAAAUUUCUGUGAAGUACCUAUUUAUCAAGUAAGUAAAUACUACAAUAAAUACAUUCCUCGACUCAGAUAAAGUGCAUAUAUUGUAGUAUGGGUUCCUCCCACAGUACAAAGAACGAUUUUAAUCAAUCAACAAUUCAACACCUUCAAGAAACGCUACACCUAAACAACGUUUUAAUCGCAAAUUUAAGUCAAGAAACCCGAUCUUUAAAAGCGAAAAUGGCUCAAAGCGCAGAAAAGGAUUCUAAUUUUUCUACAGUUCUCGAAACGAUGCACGAAGAAUUAUUAAAGUUUAAAGAAAACAUGACCGAGGUAACAGAAAACAUCAAUAAAAGCCAAUCAGAAAAGGAAAUAGAGAAAUUAAAACGCGAUAAUACAGCGUUAUACUCCAAAUUGAAAGGUAUUGACCUUAAUUAUUCCGCGGAUAGUAACAAAAUAUCCGCGUUAAUGAUGUUAGAGGCUGAGAUGAAUGUUGAAAAGAAUAAACUUGGGGCGAAAUUGGAGGAUUUAAAGGGAACUAUGGAGAAGGCGACGAUUAAAUUUGUUGAGGAGAUGGAAAAGGCACAAAAAGAUAUUGAAAUGGUUUUGGGGAGGUGUAAAAAACGAUUGGAAUUAAUUAAAGAGAUGGGGAUUAAUCUUGAAAAUUCGAAAGAAAUGGAGAAAAUCAAAAAUAUCCUUUUACAACAAAAUAAUGGUUUUAUAAAGGAUUUAAUGGAAAAAAGUUCUUUUUUAGCAAACAAUAUCCAAAAACCAGUCGCAAAUCAAUCAACAUUGAUACCAACUUUAAAUCACCAAAUAAAAAAUAAUUUAGAUAUUGAAAUCGAAAAAGAGCCAUUAAAAGAAUUAAACAUUUCUGAAAAGAAUGUUGAAAAAUUUCCCGAAAAACAACCUGAUGAUGACUUAAAAAUUUUAAUUUUUUACGCUGAAGAAAAUGACGACGAAGACGUUGAAGAUAAAACCCGUUCAAUUCUCAGAAAGCUAACAAAAAUGAAUCUAACUAAAAUCAAAGCGAAUCGAAUGGGUAAAAAAGGAGAUAAACCUCGAGCUAUAAUCGUAACUUUAGAUAAAGUUGAUACAUUAAAUGAUAUCAUGAAAUCGCGAUAUACAUUAAAAGAAACAGAAUUUAAAGGUAUAAAAAUUAUCAAGUUUAAUAAAGAUCAUAAAAAAGCACCAAAUACUGCGAAAAAUGAGUUAGCAAAAAAAAAUAAAGCUGCUGAUGCAACUAAUCCUUUAUUAUCAGACGAAUCAGAUUGCGAACAAGGUGAAGAGGUUAAAGAGAAUGAUGAAGAUGAGAAAGAUGAAGAUUUACCAUAUAAAAUAAUUUUACAUUAUGUGCCAGAAAAUGAUAACGAAUACGAUCACGUCGUAGGGAUUUUAAGAGUAUUAACCAAUCGGCCUUUAAGAAACGUAGGGUAUCGAAGACUUGGAUUAAAACCCAAAAAUCACGUAAGACCGCUUGUCGUUUCAUUCCAAAAUGAGAAAUAUGUUAAUGAUUGUAUAAAAAAUCGAUGUUUGUUGAAGGAUAAUGGAUUUCCUAAGAUUAGGGUUUGUUAUUAUCGAGAUGAUUUAGAAUCACAAGUUGGCGGUUGAAGCUUAUAAUUUUUGUAAUUUUGUGUAACAAUUUUUUAUUAAUGAUUUAUAUCGAUAAAAAAAGCUGUUUAUAUAAAUCAUCGAUUGCAUUUUAA